CCAAAAUCCGCUAAUAUGCAUAAUAAUUAGACAUAAUAGGAAUUAUGCGUCAAUACUAAAGCUGUCGGUUAGUAUGCAAAAUAACGGCGCGUAUCAGGAAUUAUCGAUAACUACUAAAAUCGUCAGUAAUUAUGCAAAGUAUCGCCAUGUUUUUAGUAAAUAUUGAUAAUAACUGACACAGCAAUAGGAAUUAUGCAUAAUAUCUGCUGUGUAUAUUAGUGAUUAUACAUGUAACCUCACAAAAUACGACUGGUCGUGCCUUGAAGCGUGCGUUGAAGUUUGAGGUUAUUUUUUGAUUGUUUUGUUGUUGGAGUUUCUCAUCAAUGACUGCACUACCUAUUGAUAACAUUAAAUUUAAAUUUGUCGAUGAAGUUAAGAAGUUGAAGGGAAGAACAAACUCACGAUUGAACAUUUUAUUCAAGGAAGAAUAUGACGUGCUUUUAUCCGGGAUUAGGGAUGCUUCAUCAAAUAAUGGUCCCAAAACUCCAUUACAGUAUCGUAGACUUAAAAGAUUUGGAAUAGUUGAAGUCGGAAAUAUUGAAAAGCUUGUAACGCGAAAUAAAGGGCAAACGGGAAAGGAAAAUAAUGAAGAUACCAUAUAGUUUUGUAGAAUUACAUAUAUAUUAAAUGUUAUGUAAUAGUAUACUUACUCGUAAUAUAUUUCUAUUUUAUCAUUAACUACAUAGCAUUUCAAAUUUGACGUUACUUAGUUAAAGACGUUACGUGAUGUUAUGC